AUGAAGCGAGAAUACCCGAACGACGAUUAUUCCUCCUCAAAGAGGCAGAGAAGCUAUGGAAAUGAUGGUCACUCGGACUACCGGCCACGAAACCUGCAUCUUCAGCCGCGACACCCCAAGAACUCAUCACAAUCACAUCAGCAAACCGGUCCUCUACCUGAUCCUACGAAACAUCUAGAGUCACUGCUCAAGACUUUGGUCAACCAUCGAGAUUCCACGAGAAAACUCCUCGGUCAUGAGGCCUACGAGAGUGCGGUCAAAUUGUCGAAAUCACUCUCCUCUAUCAAUACAGCCACUGCAUCACUAGACUUGUUCCAAUCUCCCACCAUCACAGGCUCAGAAGUCAGCUCUCAGAAUCCGGCUGUAUCAAUCUCCACCACAUGUCAGAAAUUGUCUCUGCCUGCACUCCCUCAAGUCCCCGAUGGUCCUUAUUCUCGAGCGCCCUUUGUGCACAAGUCUAGCAGUCAGCAUGAUCGUACCUCGGCAGUUGGCGAUAUGACAUAUGAGCGUCUGGAGUUUCUCGGAGAUGCCUACCUGGAGGUCAUUGCCACUCGCCUCAUCUUUUCCCGCUACCCUCACCUUGCCGCAGGUCGUCAAGCACAAAUACGCGAGCGUCUGGUCAAAAACGACACACUAACUCACUUCGGCAUGGCCUACAACUUCCAAGACCGUCUCAAAGCCGGAGAAGGUGAGCGAGAACUCGCAAAGGCCUCCGGAAAGAUUCUAGCAGAUGUUUUCGAGGCCUACGUGGCCGCUGUGAUCCUUUCUGAUCCAGUGGACGGGUUCAAGCGUGCAGAGACUUGGCUCACUGAGCUCUGGGCACCCAUCUUACUCAGAGAAUUUGGUCCGAUAAGUUCGGAUGGUGGUGCCACAUUCAACGAGUACAACCAAAACGCUAAACAGGAGCUUCAACAAAGGAUCGUUGGCAGGGAUGUCAAACUUGAGUAUCUCGAGAAUCGACCGAUGGAGCAGACCAAACACAUUCAAAGGUACUUUGUUAGUCUUUUCCUGACAGGCUGGGGCUACGAAAAACAGCUCCUAGGCUCUGGUGAAGGCCAGAACAAGGUCGAGGCAGGAAACCGCGCCGCUAUGGACGCCAUGGUGAAAAGCAAGGACAUUGUCGAGGAAGCUACUAAUAAGCUCAGCGCUUUGCGAGAGCAGAGGAGGUUGGAGGCUGCCGCCAAAGAUCUCGACACCAACACCAAGCAGAAGUAG